AUGGCCGCGAAGACGUUCUCUCGCGAUGAGGUCACAAAGAAUAACACGGAGGACUCCCUCUGGUGCAUCAUCGACUCCAAAGUCUACGACCUGACCGACUUCGCCAUGGGUCACCCCGGUGGCGAGGCUGUCCUUCGUCAGGUCGCGGGCCAGGAUGCCACAACCCAGUUCUACAACCUCCACCGUCAGGAUGUCCUCACAAAGUACGAUAAGACCCUCGUCAUCGGCACCGUCGAGGGCGAGAAGCCCCAGGUUGUCGUCACUGGCCCUGGCGAGCUAUCCCCCGUGCCGUACGCCGAGCCUACCUGGCUCACGCCGCAAUUCAAGUCCCCCUACUUCAACGACUCGCAUCGCUCUCUGCAAAAGGCCAUUCGCAAGUUCACCGACGAGCACAUCACCCCCGUGGCCCUUGAAUGCGAGGAGAAGGGAGAAGUCAUCCCCCAGGAGCUCAUUGAUAAGAUGUCCAAGGCGGGAGUGCUACACAUGCGUCUCGGGCCUGGCAAACACCUGCAUGGUGUAGAGCUCUUAGGCGGCGCCGUCAAGGGCGAGGAGUUUGAUUACUUCCACGACAUGAUUCUUAGCCAGGAGAUGGCCCGGACCAACUGCCGUGGUUUCCAGGACGGCAUGCUUGCGGGUAUGACUAUUGGACUGCCCGUCGUGCUCAACUUUGCCAACUCCGAGUCGCUGCGCAAGCGCGUCGCGGAUUCGGUUUUCAGCGGCAAAGACAAGAUUUGCUUGGCCAUUACCGAAGCAUUUGCUGGAAGUGAUGUUGCAGGUAUUAGAACCACUGCGGAAAAGACACCUGACGGAAAACAUUAUACAGACAAGGGCCUCAGCGUCCUCCUUAUAGAGAGAGGCGAAGGGGUUGAGACCAGGCCUAUCAAAACAUCCUACUCUCCAGCCGCAGGAACGGGUUUCGUCACCUUUGACAAUGUCAAGGUUCCAGCAGAGAACUUGCUGGGCCAGGAGAACAAGGGCAUUCACGUCAUCCUUAGCAACUUCAACCACGAGCGGUGGACCAUGGCUUGUGCCACAAUCCGUCAAUGCAGAGCCGUCGUCGAAGAGUGUCUCCUCUGGGCAAACCAGCGUCUCGUCUUCGGCAAGCGUCUCAUUGACCAACCCGUCAUCCGCCUCAAACUCGCAAAGAUGAUUGCACUCACAGAAUCCCACCAAUCCUGGCUCGAAACAAUCACCUAUCAGAUGAACUCGAUGCCCUACAAGGAACAAGCAAAACACCUUGGCGGGCCCAUUGGCCUCCUCAAGAUGAGCGCCACCCGCGCCGCGCACGAGAUUGCCGACGAGUCGGUCCAGAUCUGGGGCGGCCGCGGGCUCACGCGGACGGGCAUGGGCCGUGUGAUUGAGAUGUUCAACCGCACGUACAAGUUUGAUGCCAUCCUCGGCGGCGCGGAGGAGGUGUUGGGUGAUUUGGGCGUUAGGCAGGCUAUGAAGUUUAUGCCCAAGUCGAGGUUAUAA